AUGGCAAGAAAUGAGUGGAUCAACAGUUACCUGGAAGCUAUUCUUGAUGUUGGAACUAGCAACAAAAAGAGGUUUGAGAGCAACUCAAAGAUCGUUCAGAAGCUUGGAGACAUGAAUAGAAAGGAUCCUCAAGAGAAGGUGUUUAGUCCCAUCAAGUACUUUGUGGAAGAGGUUGUCAACAGCUUUGAUGAGUCUGACCUGUAUAAAACAUGGAUUAAGGUGAUAGCAACGAGGAAUACUCGUGAACGCAGUAACAGGCUUGAGAAUAUAUGCUGGCGUAUAUGGCAUCUUGCACGCAAGAAGAAGCAGAUUGUAUGGGAUGAUGGGAUCAGACUUUCCAAACGAAGAGAUGAACGUGAACAAGGCAGGAAUGAUGCAGAAGAGGAUCUUUCCGAGCUUUCUGAAGGAGAGAAGGACAAGAGUGACGUUGUUACGACUCUGGAGCCAACCCGAGAUAAUAUGCCUCGUAUCCGCUCUGAAAUGCAAAUUUGGUCAGAAGAUGAUAAAUCAAGUCGAAACCUCUACAUUGUCUUAAUCAGUAUGCAUGGACUGGUGCGUGGAGAAAACAUGGAGCUCGGAAGAGACUCUGAUACUGGCGGCCAGGUGAAAUAUGUUGUUGAGCUUGCUCGCGCUUUGGCCAACACUGAAGGUGUCCACAGAGUCGAUCUCUUAACACGGCAGAUCAGUUCACCAGAGGUUGACUCAAGCUAUGGAGAGCCUGUUGAGAUGUUAUCAUGCCCACCAGAAGGUAGCGGAAGCUGUGGUUCCUACAUUAUCCGAAUCCCCUGUGGUUCCCGGGACAAGUACAUACCAAAGGAGUCACUCUGGCCUCAUAUUCAUGAGUUUGUUGAUGGGGCGCUAAAUCACAUAGUGGACAUAGCAAGGUCUCUGGGAGAGCAAGUGAAUGGAGGGAAGCCUAUAUGGCCUUAUGUAAUUCAUGGCCACUAUGCAGAUGCAGGAGAAGUAGCUGCACAUUUGGCAGGGACGUUGAAUGUGCCGAUGGUGUUAACUGGUCACUCUUUGGGAAGGAACAAGUUUGAGCAGUUGCUUAAACAAGGGAGAAAUACCAGAGAGGAUAUCAACAAAACAUACAAGAUCAUGAGGAGAAUAGAAGCUGAAGAGCUGAGCCUAGAUGCAGCAGAGAUGGUGGUGACAAGCACACGGCAAGAGAUUGAGGCGCAGUGGGGACUGUAUGAUGGGUUUGAUAUCAAGCUUGAGAGGAAGCUCAGGGUUAGAAGACGGCGUGGAGUCAGCUGCUUUGGCCGAUACAUGCCACGAAUGGUGGUUAUACCACCAGGCAUGGAUUUCAGUUACGUCUUGACACAAGAUUCACAGGAUGCUGAUGCAGAUCUCAAGUCGCUAAUUGGUCCUGACCGAAACCAGAUAAAAAAGCCUGUUCCUCCAAUAUGGUCCGAGAUAAUGCGGUUUUUCACAAAUCCUCAUAAACCAACCAUACUUGCGCUGUCUCGACCUGACCCCAAGAAAAACGUCACUACAUUGCUCAAAGCUUUUGGUGAAUGUCAGCCUCUUCGAGAACUAGCCAAUUUGACACUCAUACUAGGAAAUCGAGAUGAUAUUGAAGAGAUGUCUAAUAGCAGCUCAGUUGUUCUCAUGAAUGUACUAAAGCUGAUAGACCAGUAUGACUUGUACGGCCAAGUAGCUUAUCCCAAGCAUCACAAACAAUCUGAAGUUCCAGACAUUUAUCGUUUAGCAGCCAAAACAAAGGGAGUUUUCAUUAAUCCAGCUCUGGUAGAGCCGUUUGGUCUCACGCUCAUUGAGGCAGCUGCUUAUGGUCUCCCCAUUGUUGCCACCAAAAAUGGUGGGCCUGUUGAUAUCGUGAAGGCACUAAACAAUGGCCUCCUAGUCGACCCACAUGAUCAACAAGCCAUUUCUGAUGCCCUUCUAAAGCUCGUUUCUAACAAACAUCUCUGGGCCGAGUGCAGAAAGAACGGGCUCAAGAACAUCCACCGUUUCUCAUGGCCAGAGCACUGCCGUAACUACCUUUCCCAUGUCGAACACUGCAGAAACCGACACCCAACAAGUAGUCUAGAUAUUAUGAAAGUUCCAGAAGAGCCAAUAAGUGAUUCUCUAGGUGAUGUCGAUGACAUAUCUUUGAGAUUCUCAAUGGAUGGAGAUUUAAAGCUCAAUGGGGAACUAGAUGCAAGCACUAGACAGAGGAAACUAGUCAACGCCAUAAGUCAAAUGAAUUCUAUGAAGGCUAGUCCAUCUGUUCUCUACAGCCCUGGUAGAAGGCAGAUGCUCUUUGUGAUUACUAUUGAUUCCUACGAUGACAAUGGAGACAUCAAAGCGAUUAUGGAAGAUAUCAUCAAGAAUGUAAUGAAAGCUGCAGGUUUGACAUCGGGCAAAGGAAAUAUAGGUUUUGUACUGGCAACAGGUUCAAGCGUGCAAGAAGUUGUGGAGAUGACAAAGAAAUACCUGAUUAAUUUGGAAGAUUUUGAUGCAAUAGUUUGUAACAGCGGAAGUGAGAUCUACUAUCCAUGGAGAGAUAUGGAGGUUGAUGCAGACUAUGAAGCUCAUGUGGAAUACAAAUGGCCUGGUGAAAGUAUAAGGUCAGUGAUUCUGAGACUUGCAUGUACAGAACCUGAAACAGAAGACGACAUCACAGAGUAUACAAGCGCAUGCAGUACUAGGUGCUAUGCUAUUUCUGUGAAACAAGGAGCCGAGACUCGAAGAGUUGAUGACCUUAGGCAGAGGCUUAGGAUGAGAGGUUUAAGGUGCAACAUUGUCUAUACACAUGCUGCAACAAGGCUAAAUGUUAUACCGUUAUGUGCAUCAAGAAUACAAGCAGUCAGGUAUCUAUCGAUAAGGUGGGGAAUAGACAUGUCAAAGUCUAUUAUAUUUCUUGGAGAGAAGGGAGACACAGACUAUGAAGACUUGCUGGGUGGUCUCCACAAAACCAUCAUUCUAAAAGGUGCAGUGGGAUCUGACAGUGAGAAGCUUCUUCGCAGUGAAGAAAAUUUCAAAAGAGAAGACGUAGUUCCACGAGACAGCCCUAACAUUUCCUAUGUGGAAGAGAAUGGUGGACCUCCGGAAAUUCUAUCCACUCUAGAGGCCCAUGGGAUCAAAUAA